UUAGUAUUCUCGCCGGGAUCAUUCCGGUUUAAUUUAUCAUGUCUGGACGUAGCACUCGUGCGAGAAGUCGUGCUACUGGCACAAGCAGUACUCCUAACACCUCGCGCCAAAAGUUUUAUUCUGAACCGCCACCAGCAGAUCUUCCUAGUCUAUAUCCAGUUCAUGAUGGUUCAUACGGCGUCAAUACGCAUAUAAACCUCGACUCUGCAAAGAAGGGUCGGGGUAGAAAGACCAAACCCGGAUUCGUUAAUGAGGAUGACGAAGAUAAGCGCUUUACCAGACGGAUAAAUAGUAAAGACGGUAAGCGUUAUACUAUGGAGAACGAUCUCAAAAGAAUUGUCGGGGAAACGGUUGAGGAAGCCGAAAAAGACAACGGGAUCGACGAGGGAACGAACAACGAAGGACAUGAGCUAGGGGCAAGCAUGGCUCUUGUGGAUGAUUCCUAUCAAUACGAUCCAAAGCACGGGUUGAAACCACGCACUCAACGCGUCGAUGAUUACAAGGGUCCUAAUGUUACUAAAUUAGGCCGGAUGUUCACGGCCAAGGGGAGGGACGGGCAGAAACCACCGUAUGCUCCUAUUCAGUAUAGAUCCCCUGAUCCUGAAACUCUUAUCCACAAUGCACAUCCAUCGGCACCCUCUCCACCUGGAGGCUCUUUCUACGGAGUGCCAACAGGGCGAGGUGCCCCCUUUCCCUCUACAUCAUCAUUUGUUGCUCCUGCACGCGCUCCUAUACGUCUUGACUCGUCAAGGAGCUUCACUACCGAGAAUGUAUUGUAUAGUGACGCAACGCUCACGACACCCUCAAGCAGAGACGGCCAGGUACCUGCGCCUGGAUUUUCGGUAAACGAAACUAAGCCUAUUCCUAGCGGGGGCGACAACUAUACGAGCCAGAAUACGGGGUAUACAGUGAUUCCGAAUGGGAAUAAUCCCACGACCUCCGUCUAUCCUCCCGCUAAAAAUGAUAACCCUACACCUUCGGGGCUGCAAGAACCUUCUAAAGAGCCAGGUCUGACCCCAGCUCAAUGGCAGAGGGUGGAAAAUCUCAUCCGAGACAUGCGAACGUCGCCACGGCACCCAAGUUUCGACACGGCUUCCGCCCCUACUUACACAUUAGACCAUCUGACGCCACGAGAAAUCCGGGCGAUAAGGGCCUUAAUACAGGAUAUGGGUAACGAUCAGGCAACGACGGCAAAAAUCAUGGCCGAGUUUAACAGAGUUGCCGAGCGCGCCGAGCGCGAUCAACAGGCAAAAACGUUUACUGCCAAAUCUAACGAUGCAAACAAUACCCACGAUAUACCUACCGUUAAAACUAUUCCCGACGGAGAUGCCUCCAAUGCGGCCGAUAAGGAAACUGUCACAAACGCUGAUGAAAAUAAUAAUUAUCCAAUUCCCGAGGAGAUUUUUUCUCCGGCCCAACGAACGGAAGAUUUGGAUCCUCUCAGUAACGGGCUCGAUGAUGCGGCUGAAUAUGAAGAAGUAGCCAACGACGAACAUGGUAAUCAAGGGCAUAAUCCGAAUUUUACCAACGAAGCCGUAGAUGAUUCAUUCAGCGACUCGGGACUCGAUUUUCGACAAACUCGCAAAUCAGAUUUCGAUCGACACGAAAAGCAUCGGAGACAACGACGUCACCCUCGGAAACGUCGCUCGUUGUUUAGCUGGACGACACUUGGAGGCCCGAAUGCCUGGGCUAGUACGGUCUUCGUAUUUCUAACCAUCUUAUUCUGGGCCUGGCUUCUAUUAACUCUUAUCGGUGGAGCCUCCACGCCAUCACGAGACCACGUCUUUUCUGACACUGGUGCACGAUGGCCUAGUUGGGAUAGCAUGAAGAAUAGCUUUGGUAAGAUUAUAUCUUCAAAUGUCGACGGGGGCGGAAGUUCUAUCGAUUUCAAGUCGGGGGAUACGCAAACAAAACUCGCCCAUAACCUCACACCAAAAAUCCCUGAUCAAGUUUUCGUCGAGAAGGAUGCAAAGGGUAAGUUUAAGAUAUCACAAGAUUUCUGGCACGCUCUACGAGACUUGAUUAGGGAAGAUGAUAUCAUUUUGACUUUGGAAAAUGUCAAAAAUGCGGCCCCUGAAAUCUCGAACGCGCACUGGCUCGCGAUAAAAUCACGUUUAAGCAAGGACGGGUUCGGGUUACAAACUGGGCCAAAUACUUCCUCGGGAGAGCAUGCAGCACCAGGAACACCAGGUGAUAAGGCAUCACUCCUACGGUCCUGGGAUAUCUGGGUGAGUCAGAAUGAGGAAGCAUUGAAGAGAAUGGUGGGUGGGGUUGCCGUCUCUAGGGAAGAAUUCAUGAAACUAUUCCGAGGUGAAAUUAAAUCUUAUCAACAAGAAAUUCGCAAGGAGCUCGUAGCUCAGGAUGCUCGGAUCAAAGAGCUCGUGGAUGCCGUGACCAAGCUUCGUAAUUCGGCCAUCAAUACACAUGGAGGUUUGACCGAAAGGGAAGUUAGGACCAUCUGCGAUGGGGCUAUACGGAAAGCCAUCGAGCACGCUAAACUCGACGCCUUGGCCAGCGGCCGUAUACGCGGCCACGCGAAUGAUAUGCUCUUAAACCAGGUCAACUUCUUCGGCAUGGGCUCCGGCGCAGUUAUUGAUCCGCAUACCAGCUCAUCAAUCUGGGAACCCCCCAGCGACUUCUUUCCCUUGAAAUCUAAGAAGUGGUACCGACGCGACGGCUACAUGCCCCAGCCCCAAUCGUCUGCCGUAACCUACUGGAGCGAAGAAGGCGAAUGCUUCUGCGCCGGGAAGACCGUCAGGGGGGUGCCACAGGUCGCUAAUGCGAUUGGAGUCAUGACAAGCCGGACCGUCAUCCCACAGCACCUAGUUGUAGAGCAUAUCCUGCCCGGUUCGACGCUAGACCCGGGCGCGAUGCCCAAGGAUAUCGAGGUGUGGGCGUAUAUCGAAGAGGUAACGCUGCGUGACGAGGUACGCGCCUUCUCAGCGAGCCACAUGCCCAUUCCUCUCGCAGCCGAGGCCACCACGGGACCGGAGGGCUUCGUCAAGAUUGGCCACUUCACGUACGAACAGAGGAACUACGGCGAUGGCGUUCAGAUCUUUAAGAUGAGCAGCGAGCUUACGCGCAUGCGCGCCGCUACCAGCCACAUCAUAGUCAAGGCGGUAACGAACUACGGCGCGGAUCACACGUGCUUCUACCGCCUCAGACUUUACGGCGAGGUCGUGGAAGCGACAUCGUGGGGGGUAAACCGUUAAGAAUAAGGAGUCUGAGACGCCUAUUUUGGUGUCAGCUGGUGGGGAAAGGAGGUAGCAACACAAGCACGAUAUAAGUGAAAGUGAACAAGACGGACACGCAGACACAAUAGACGGGUUAAGUUAGCUUAUCUAGCCAACGACCCAACAAGAAAGAAAGCUUAAGGAGUUUCGGUAUCGAUUCUUGGUAUUUCGCACGAACGGCAGGGAGUCGGAGCGAAGAAGGGCUGACAAUGGUCAAAGGGAUUGAUGUGAUGAUACCAAGCUGUAAAUAUAUCAUCUUUUGCUCAAUUUUAGCUUUUAUUUUUCUCUUGA